AUCCAAAGAGAGCAACAACACAAAUCUUACAAAUAAUUAAGAUCAAUUACUGUAAGAAUGAGGCCAAUUACAUUUCUCGUUGCGAUAACUACUGUUGCUCUCAUCUUGUCUACUACUGGAGCGAGCUUUGAUAGAUGGGAGCCGAUAAAGAACUUGAAGGACGAGCACAUAAAAGAGAUUGCAGAGUUUGCAGUGCAGUAUAACAAUUUGAUAUCUAUCCGGUCGCUACAACUAGUAAAAGUGCAGAAAGGAAAAAUCCAACAGGUAGCUGGAAAGAACUACUUGCUCAUCGUGGCGGCGGUUACACCAGAAGAGGGACACAUGGUGCAUCUAUAUGAAACUCUUGUCCACGAGAGUAUUUCUAAUGCGAAGGAGCUAAUACUUUUUAGACCAUUUCGCGGAUCAACACCAACCAUAAAAAAUUAGUAGCUUUUAGUUUUGUGUUUGUCAAAUAAAAAUGAUUAAUAAUGGAGAGCUAUAAGCUUAUGUAAUUAUACAUUUUGCUCUUGCAAUUAAUUUCGUAGUUUUGUUCUGAUAAUUGAUAGAAUACAACUAUUGGCUUCUUCAUUUACAUUUAUUUGAUAAUUGAUAUUUAGCAAAAUGGUAACUAUAGAGCAAUCCCUUUUCAUGCAAUAAAUAUCUUUGAAAAGAGAAGCAUAAUGGGGGUGGGGGGGUGCGUUGCUCGAUAAUUGUAGGAAUCAAUGCUUAGAGUUUUUUUUUUUUGCCACGAUAUUGAAAGUCUUGAAAUACCUACACAACACAAAAUGGAACGAAACACACAGAAAGGAAGACCAUAACACCUAAACCUCGUGCGGAUAGCCCUCCAUUGCAUGCGACAGAUCCUUUGCAUUGGAAGAUUAUUUUUGACCAUCUGAAUGAACAUUUGCGUAUCAUCAGAAAACAAAACACGAGAAAAUAAUAGAUGUAAACACCGAUGAAGAGCAUCUUGGAAGGUAAGAGCUCUAUGACGAAUGGGUCAUGAACUAAGUAUGUAGGUGUGAUUCUUAUGUGCAUUGGAAGAUUAUUCUUGUACGUACUGAUGACAAUGGGUUGGGGUGGGGCGGGUCGACCCAUUCUUAUAUGCUAUUUGAAAAAAAUAAGCAAAAUUCUAAUGUUUACGAUAAAACGAAUGGGAAAAGACUUCAUGAAUGAUUAAUACUGAUAAAAUAAUAGGUAAUUGAGUAUAUUUAGUUAAAAGAUAAAGUCUAACUAGUUAAUCUUAACCUAGAAUAGUCAAAAUUGGAGAUAUAUGAAUGGAUGGCGUAAGAAAUUGACCUAAAAACGGGCCAAGAACGGGGCGGGACGGGGCAGGGCGAGUCGAAAGUUGAUACUCAUGUCCCGCCCCACGUUACUGCAAACACUGGCUUAUUCAUGUUCCUCAUAAGGCAUCUCACUUGGAGUACGAAGUACCGUAUACUCCAUAUGUACGCCAGUCGAGCAUAUGCUAACCUUAUCGCACGACUUACAAGGUGAUGCUAUUUAGACCUAGAAUUAACUGGAAUGUAAGGCAUUAUACAAUCGAAUAGUUAUACGUUCUCCUCUACUAGGUGAAACCAAUCCCUAAUUCUCAAAACUCAAAUCAUAACAUCAAAAUUUUUAAUAAUAUAAUUGAUGAUUAUGAUUUGUCAAAGAGUACAAUAUGGGGAUUACUGUGUUAUCUAGGUUAAAUUUGGGGGUUGGGAUGAACAUUCGGUUAGUUUGGCGCAAACCAAAUCGAAAUAACCAAAAACUAAACAUAAGAGUCACUAAAACCCUUAACAAAAUCUGAAACCAAUAAUAGUUUGGUUGUGAAAUUUCGAACCAAAUUUACUCGGUUCGAUUUACCCCACAAAACCGAAUCCAAUUAAUAGACACAAGGGUUAUACAAGAUUUUGAUUUCACCCUCGUUUAUCUACAUUGGGUUUUCUUUCUUCCCCGGCGAGUACAGUGGCAAUGGGGCGGGUUUGUAUUAGGUUUCUCUAAACCAUAUACAUCUUUAUUUUCAAGUAUCCAAACACAUACCCACACCACACAUAUACGAAAAAGGUUUUGCAACCCCAUACUUGUGGUUUUCGUGUACCAAUGGGUAAUAGGUGCCUCGUACAUCCAACAUUACUUACUUUAAAUUCAAGAUGUAGAUCUUCAAGCAUAAGAAAAACGAUACAUACAAUACUAUUCAAAUCUUUCAUCUUCGACUCUGAUACAUCUAGUAAGCAAUAAAUGAAAUAGUGAAGGGAGAAUCGAGGCAAAGAAAUUAAGGUUUGAUUU